AUGGCCUUCAAUGAUCACGAUACUCAGGAUAUCAUGAAUCCUCUGGACUUCUACUUGUCAGUGGUCACCAUAUUGAUCAUUGCCUCCAUUCUGUGCAAUGGAUUCAUUGUAACUGUGAACAUCAUGGACUGGUUGAAGGGCAAACUCCUCAACCCAGUUGACCAGAUCUUGGUGGCCCUCAGCAUCUCCAAUACUGGAUUAUCCUACAGUUUUUGGAACUACAUUUUCUUUAUAUACUUUUGGCCACAGUUCUUUUUCAUGGAUUACGUAUUUCCCAUAGUUUUUACUGUGAUGCUGUUCAUGACCGUCUCCAGCUCGUGGCUCACUGCUUGGCUCUGUCUUUAUUUCUUUGCCAAGAUUAUUCAUUUUAAGUCUUCCUAUCUUGUCAAACUCAAGCUGACAAUUGAUGUGGCAGUCCCAUGGCUCAUUGUGUUCUCUGAGGUUGUGGCUUUCUCCAGCUCUCUGCCCCUGGUGUGGACCAUCUUUAGGUCCUUACCUCUCAACUCCACAUCACACAAUCAGACCCGUCCAGUAGUUUCCUUUCACAUAAACAGUAUGUAUAAUGUUUUUGUUCUUGGCUUUAGUAGCAAUUCGUGCUUUGUCAUUGUCCUUGUGUCCACAAUCUGUAUAGUUUGGUCUCUCUGUAGACACACUUAUCGGAUGAAGAAGACUAUGUCUAGUGAAGAGUAUUUUCGGAUUAGGACUCAUCGGAGGGCUGCACAGACUGUGGUGUCUCUUCUUCUCAUCUACAUUACAUUUUAUGUGACCUAUAUCUUGAUGAUGUCAUUCUUUUCUUCUUAUAAUAUGAGCAUUUAUUACUGGAUCACCGUGUGGGUUGCAUUGUCCACUUCUCCAGCAAUGUCCAUGGUAUUCAUACUUGGUAAUUCUAAGCUACGCCUGGUGUUUGAUAAGAUAUUUUGUAGUUCCCCGCCAUUAGACUGA